AUGCUAUGGUAUAUAGCAACAUUUGAACAUUUAUUCGCCCCUAAUCGUUUCACCAACGCAAAUAGAACGGGCCGUGGUAAAUAUAGACAAGCUAAUAGACCUCAAUAUCUAUCUAUCUAUCUAUCUAUCUAUCUAUCUAUCUAUCUAUCUAUCUAUCUAUCUAUCUAUCUAUCAACUGAAACGAUUUCGUUAGCAUUUUUAUCUUCUUAUUUAUUUAUUUUCUCUUAUUUUCCAUUCGCGAUUCUUUUGUUUUCUUACCAUUUCUUCUUUUUUUUUUUCACAUUUUAUUUUCUUUCACUUUCCAUCUUUCCUUUUCCAACUAUCGUUUUUUCCUUCGGCUUUUGUUUUGCCUCUCUAUCAGAAGCACUUCAUUUAUUCGAAUUCCGCUUUUCAUUCCACAUUUCUUUUCUUUUCUCCCACUUCUUUUUCAAUGGCUCCCAUAUCUCCUUUACCUUCAGAAUUGGCAACUUUUUUCACACCUUUGGUUUUCACCCAUCCCCAAUUCCUCCAACUGCUGUCUCUUCCGAUCUCAUUACAAAUCCCUGGCUCUUCACCUCUGCUAAGCUUUGUUCUUCUCCCUUUCCUUCUUACGUCGCUUGUUUUUAUUUCUUAAUUCGCUCUCUUUCGCUUUUUAUGACCUCCUCUUCCAUCUUCCUAGCUUUACUCUCCAACUCUACUUUCUUUCUCAUUGUCUUUAUUUUUAGACCCUACCUCUACCCCAAUUUUUUUUCUCUUAUCCCAGCAUUCACAGUUAAUUCUUACAGACAGAUUUUCUUUCUAGAUUUUGCUCUUCAUUUUUUUGACAUUUUGCUUUUUUAUUCAUAUAAAGUAAUCAUUUGCGAAAACAUCUAUCUAUCUAUCUAUCUAUCUAUCUAUCUAUCUAUCUCCGCUAUAAAUUAUCACACUUAG